AAUCGAUCUUCGCCAUUCCGAUGGACCACGCAAGAAUAAGUCGACGACGAUACACUUCCCAAAAUCCAAUGCACUCACAUACCGUAUUUGCUAUGGUUGCUGUGCUCAAGAGGUACCACCAGUAACUUAUUGGACUGCUCCGUUGCCGAGUCACAAGCACUCUCGAAAACACUAACCAAGCCACUCCAGCUGAUAUCUUGUUGGCCUUUGUUUGCUUCGGGUAUCAAGUUGCACCUCCAUAAUCUUAUCUGAUCUUUGGAAUAGAAUCUUCUCUCUCGGGUAUUCUAAAAAUGAGCCAAAGGUUAAUACCAACACGACGUGCCCUACUGGCGAGGCUAUACAAGGAUUCAAGGGUUUCUUCGAGAACAAGCGCACAAAUUCCGACAGAAAGACGGUUCAAGGGAUCCGUUCCCUUUGUGGACUUUGCCUUUUCCACAGAAUCCGUCAAAAAUGCCGUCAAAUCGUCCUUUCUGGAUCAGGCUUCUCAAAAGGAUAGUAGACUCUGGCAAGCGGAGAAUGAAAUACAGCAACAGAAUCACAGCCAUGUCAAUGGACACGGUGCUGGGGUAAAUGACCCUGUUUCAACACAACAAGAUGCACUAGACGAGUGGGGACUGGAUUUGACAACAACCUAUUGGCCCGAGUUGCCACCAAGCCUGGUACAUGCAACAGCCGAUCCAUUUGCUUUGGCCAAAGCAGAGCUAGAUGAUCUCUCACGGUCCAUCCGAGAUGAUUUGCUCGGGACAGAUCACCCCGUCUUGAACAAGGCUGCCUCAUACUUCUUUGAAAGUGCCGCUGGAGGAAAGAAAGUCAGGCCAAUGAUGGUCUUGCUACUCUCGAGAGCACUGGCUGAUUCAGCUACUAGUAAUAGCAGCUCAACAACAACCACAACAUCCUCUGUCAAGAGCGUAAACGGGAGCAAGGAAGUCAAUGGUCAUCAUCAUCAUCAUGGACAAGAAUUAGAACAACUAUUCUCCUCGCCCUUGGACUGGCAACGAUCCGACCUGCCACAAGCGCAACGACGACUUGCCGAGAUUUCCGAACUCAUACAUACGGCCUCUCUGUUCCAUGACGAUGUGAUUGAUGGCUCGGAUACACGUCGAGGACUACCAACCGUACACAAAGUAUUUGGAAACAAGGUAGCCAUUCUGGCAGGAGACUACCUUUUGGCAAGAGCAUCCAUAUGUCUGGCGCGCCUGCGACACACCGAAGUCAUUGAGACCAUGUCCACCAUUAUUGAACAUUUAGUACGGGGAGAAAUCAUGCAACUAAGAGGUACUUCCGCCACCGAGAGGAAUAAGGAACGACUGGUGUACUAUCUGCGCAAAAACUACUACAAGACGGGAAGUCUCAUGGCAAACUCGUGCAAGAGCACAGCUCUUUUGGGAGGUUACUCACCCGAGCAAGUAUGGGCUUCUUAUCGGUUUGGAAAACACUUUGGAAUGGCCUUUCAAUUGGUAGACGAUAUAUUGGAUUUUGAAGGUAACGUUUCGGAUCUGGGAAAGCCAGCUUUGGCGGACCUUAGCUCUGGUUUGGCAACGGCACCAGUGCUGUUUGCAUCCGAGCAGUUCCCAGACUUGGAGCCCCUGAUCGAGCGAAAGUUUCGCAAUGAGGGGGAUGUAGAGCUGGCCCUGGAUCUUGUACAUCAGAGCAAUGGCAUUGAACGGACCAAGGAGCUUGCCCGAGUUCAUUCGGAGCUAGCUGUGGAAGCACUUUUGGAGUUGGGUGAUGGCGUACACAGGGAUGCCUUGAUCAAUCUUACUCAUAAGGUUGUAUCCAGAACCAAGUAAUGCCGUAGUCAACUUGGCCUUCCACAAAAAGUGUUUAUAAUGAUCGCAGGCCCCUUGAGAACAUGGCAAGCAACAAUAUCCCAGCAGAGCAGCACAGCACCCUAAGAGAAUAGAAUGCAACUCCUCUUGUAUGUACAGUUUUUAAAUUCUCUUUCAACUGUCCUUUCCGUUCUGCA